AUGGGGAGGGCGUGGACAUGGCUGGUUCCUCCCCUCCUCGCUGUGGCUCUACAUUUAGUGUGCUACACACCUGUGUUGUCCCAAAACUUCCCGAACGAAUUUUGUAGUGCUGUGCAGCUCAACUCUUCUAAUCAGGUCGUCGUCAUAAGUGAUGGAAGUCUCACUCUUUGCCUCAAUGUGACUGCUCCGCCAGGGACGGCCAUCAGAGCAACUCUUCAUAGGUCUGUGGCUAUUGUUUUCGACUACAGUGUCUGUGCCUUCUCCUUUGAUGGGUUUGAGUUUUUCUCCACUAGGUGUCGGGAAAAGAUUGAGGUGUUCUCCCCUAGAGAGUUACUAACAAUGGUGCCUCCUUACAACCCGGGAAGCCGACCUAGGUUCAGCUUUGAAGCCGUCUCAAAUGAACAGGUAUGCGGCAAUGGCGACCAUCUCUGUACUUUCAACAACGGAUCGUUUUGCAUCGGCGAAAAUACAACUUGCCUCUGUUUAACAGAUGGAUAUUGCUAUGACUAUGAAGAAGUAUGUCCUUACAUAGUUUUGGACUCAAAUCAAGCCGUCAGUAUUUCUGAGGAAGUUGGACUGUAUUCAGAAUGGAGUGGAGACGUUACCAAGGGAACCAGUUGCUGGGCUGUUCCGGUGCUAUAUGACAUUGUCAUUAACGUCACUUUUCAAUCCUCUGUUGACCAAUUUUUUACAAGAAUUACUCACAAGACAUUUGAAGGAGUUUUGAUUAAACAUUACGACAGCUUCGUAGUUCCAAGAACGGCCUCUUUCGUCAACGGCUUUGGGUUAAUCAUCCUCAGCGCAGCCCUUUACAAUGAAAGCUCCAAUUCAACAUUCUCUUUCAAUCUACAGAAAAAUCGAUUCAACAUCGACUAUUUUGGCGGCUACCAAGAAGCAUGGGCGAUUGGAAACGACGACCCUACUGACAAAGACUUCAAUGACAACAUCUACGACAAUGAUAAGAACCAGCAACAGUAA